AUUGCCGGCGCAUAUUCGUGCGCGGGCAUUGAACGUGUAGUCGAGCAAGUUCGUUGAGAGAGACAACACCCAACGCGGUACAUAUUGUGUUACAUAAUUCGUAAAUAAUUAAAACGAUCAGGAUGUCUCUGGUGCCGUUGUUAUACUCCGAUUGGUGGGAAGACCUUGAUCGUCCGCAUAGACUGCUGGAUCAACAUUUUGGAUUGCCAUUAAAUCACGAUGAUCUUCUGGAUAGAGCUUUACCGACACCUUCCGAAAUGAUUCCAUUUCGUCCAGGGGGUAGACGCAGAAGACGAUAUCAUCCAUUCAUGGAGUAUGCCUUGAGGAGAGGAGGACGCGGGUCAUCCACUGCACAGCCGGACAAAGAAAAGUUCCUAGUGACACUAGACGUGCAGCAAUUCGCACCGGAUGAGAUAACCGUGAAGGUGGUGGAUAAAAAUGUUAUUGUGGAGGCAAAGCACGAGGAGAAGGAAGACGAGCAUGGUUGGGUAUCCAGACAAUUUCUGAGAAAAUAUUUGGUACCUCCUCAAUGCGAUAUUGAUCAAGUUGAGUCUCAUAUUUCAUCGGAUGGCAUCCUAACCAUCACGGCACCCAGGAAAGAACCGAUAAAGGAUAAUUCUGAGAGAAUUGUGAAGAUUCAAUAUACUGGACAACCGGCUAUUAAUAAUUUUGAUGGCCACAAGGAAACAAUUGAAUCAUCGAAGGCAUCUACUGUAGAGAAGGAACAACCACAACAAAAAACUCAAACGAUUCAACAAAGUCCACGCGGAAAGAAAGCUGUGAAAUCUGUAUAAGACUACUUUUUUUUUACUUUUCCCGUAUCUUAUUUACAUUCAAUAUUCAUAUUCUAAAACGUUCAUUUGUCUCUGAGUAUUCAAGUACAAAUAUAUAUAUAUGUCACUGUAAGAUUUGUACUAUUUUUUUAUAGAAAAAUAAACUGGAAUAAACUAUCUA